UAGCCGUCCGACCCAGGACUCGCAGCCGGUGCUUUCCCCGGACGCUGUUCCGCAAGACUCGGCGGCGGGAACGGAGGCGGCCGCCAUUUGCCGGCGGGACCCCGGGAUGGCCCCCAAACUCUCAGAGUCCGUGGAGCGGCUCCGCGCCGCCGGCAACCAGAGCUUCCGCAACGGCCAGUUCGCGGAGGCCGCCGCGCUCUACAGCCGCGCGCUGCGGGUGAUGCAGGAGCAAGGUUCUUCGGACCCCAAAGAAGAAAGUGUUCUCUACUCCAACCGAGCAGCAUGCCACUUGAAGGAUGGGAACUGCAGAGACUGCAUCAAAGACUGCACUUUAGCACUGGCCCUGGUUCCCUUCAGCAUGAAGUCCUUGCUGCGGCGAGCAUCGGCCUACGAGGCUCUGGAGAAGUAUCCCCUGGCCUAUGUUGACUACAAGGUUGUGCUGCAGAUUGAUGAUAGUGUGACGUCAGCCUUGGAAGGCGUCAACAGAAUGACCCGAGCUCUCAUGGACUCACUUGGGCCCGAGUGGCGCCUGAAGCUGCCCUCUAUCCCCUUGGUACCUGUUUCAGCUCAGAAGAGGUGGGGCUCGGAAAACCACAAAGAGACAGCUAAAAGCAAAUCCAAAGAAACCACAAGUGUCAAGAGCAGAGUGCCUUCUGGGGAUGUGGAGAGAGCCAGAGUUCUGAAGGAAGAAGGCAAUGAGCUUGUAAAGAAGGGAAACCAUAAGAAAGCUAUUGAGAAGUACAGUGAAAGCCUCUCGUUUAGUAACCUGGAGUCCACCACGUACAGCAACAGAGCGCUCUGCUAUUUGGUCCUGAAGCAGUACAAGGAAGCGGUGAGGGACUGCACAGAAGCCCUCAAGCUAGAUGGGAAGAACGUGAAGGCAUUUUACAGACGGGCUCAAGCCUAUAAGGCCCUCAAGGACUAUAAAUCCAGCUUUGCCGACAUCAACAGCCUCCUAAAAAUUGAGCCCAGGAAUGGCCCUGCACAGAAGUUGCAGCAAGAAGUUAACCAGAGCUUAAAGUAAAAACCCAGAAGGGCAGCAGGAAACCUCCGCCAUACGACCUUCCUCUGUGCCUGCCUCUGGGACCCAGCAUGCCCAGCUCUGAAGCACCCUCCUCUGCCCUCAAAGAGGCGGUGGCCUCCCACCUCUUAAGAGGCUUUGUUCAAAUUAAGCUCAGUGUAGCCAAAACCCAGACAUUGUUUUGCUGGAAAGGUCCCUGCUAUGCUGAAGCCCUGUUCCCGUCCCCCUUCCUUGGACAGCUGGCGGAUCACACAAACGGCUCCGCCCCUGCCCCAAGCAUGCUCCAGACCGAGCGAGCGCUGCCUUCGAGCUUCAUCAGACCCACCUCACUGUGGUUCAUCUGAACUAACGGAACUGGGGGGCGGGACUAGAAAACCCUGGCCCACCCACACCUAAAGCAGCCUGUUGAGCUGGUUCUCCAGGGCUGCCAUCCUGCCCUGUCCUUGGCUUAAUCCCCUGUGUGCUGAGCUCCAGCCCUUUUGGCCAGGCCCCUCUGGUGGGGAUGCAGAACCCUGACCCUGAGGUGGCUUUGGGGCUCUGUGCUGCCUCCUACAUGGAGGUACCUAAGCCAUUUCAGGAGCCCAGAGGUGUGGCCACUCCUGAAGGUAGAGGGGGAAGAAGGGCCUCCUUGAAGUCAGUGUCCUUCCAUUCUGGGCAGGGACUUGCCUUUUGACUCCAACAGUGGCCCUCCCAGCUUAUUUCUUUGUUAUAGGAAGUUAAUUUGAACUGAACUGACUCUGGUUUUGUUGAACUGUGUGUUUAAGUGAAUACAUUAAACGUCUUUGUUCUACAUAAAUGUGUUGUACUUCCAUUUAUGCUUUUUCAGCUUUGUGCUUGGGAUUUUGUAAUAACACAAGCU